CUCAAGUCCCCCCCCUUCGCAAAUUGUUUUUAACCAUUGACUCGUUGGUUGUUUCUCAUUGUCGAAUCUGUUGUUCUUGCCUGUGUUGAGCUAGAGUACUCAUUGCUGCUGCCCAUUUUGCCCCUCAUCCUACUACUUACUACUUAACUAUACGACUACUAUUUCCCCCUCUCCGCCUCCGACAUAGCUCUUCAACCCCACCAACACCACCACCAUGUCGUUCUUCAUCGAGAAUCCCAACGUUGGGCAGAAUGAUUCCUUGGAGGAUUCGAGAAUCAAGGGAUACAACCCUCUCACGCCCCCUAACCUUUUGCAACAUGAGAUCGCCCUGUCGGACAAGGCCAAACAGACGGUGAUCGACGCCCGUGCCGAGGCCGUCGCCGUCGUCCAGGGUACCGAUACCGACAAGCGCCGUCUUCUGGUGGUCAUCGGCCCCUGCUCCAUCCACGACCCGGCCAUGGCCCUCGACUACUGCGACCGGCUCCUGGCGCUGAAGGAGAAGCACAAGGAUGAGCUGCUGAUUGUCAUGCGCUCCUACCUGGAGAAGCCCCGGACCACGGUCGGAUGGAAGGGUCUGAUCAACGACCCGGAUAUCGACAACAGCUUCAACAUCAACAAGGGUCUGCGCACCUCCCGCCAGCUCUUCGUCGACCUGACCAACAAGGGCAUGCCCCUCGCCAGCGAGAUGCUGGAUACCAUCUCCCCCCAGUUCCUGGCCGACUGUCUCUCCGUCGGUGCCGUGGGUGCGCGCACCACCGAGUCGCAGGUCCACCGUGAACUGGCCUCCGGUCUGUCCUUCCCCGUCGGCUUCAAGAACGGCACCGACGGCACCCUCGACGUCGCCGUGGACGCUAUUGGCUCCGUCAAGCACCCCCACCACUUCCUGUCCGUCACCAAGCCCGGCGUGGUCGCCAUCAUCGGCACCGUCGGCAACCCCGACUGCUUCGUCAUCCUGCGUGGCGGUAAGAAGGGCACCAACUUCGACGCCCAGAGCAUCCAGGAGUCCAAGGCCAAGCUGCAGGCGCAGGGCCUGCCCGCCCGUCUCAUGGUCGACUGCAGCCACGGCAACUCUCAGAAGAACCACAAGAACCAGCCCAAGGUCGCCGCCGUGCUGGCCGAGCAGAUCGCCGCGGGUGAGGAUGCCAUCAUGGGUGUCAUGAUCGAGAGCAACAUCAACGAGGGUAACCAGAAGGUCCCCGCCGAGGGCAAGGCCGGCCUCAAGUACGGCGUCAGUAUCACCGAUGCUUGCAUCAACUGGGAAGACACCGAGUCGACCCUCGACAACCUUGCCCAGGCUGUUCGUGCCCGGAGAGAGAAACUGGGCUCCCAGUAAAGUUUUUGUAUUCUGAUGUCUUUCAUUUUUCUUUUGAUGAAAAAAUAAAAUCAAGCGAGUGUUAUGUUGAUACGUUUAUUCAUGCUCUGCGAUGGGGAACGCGCGUCUUUCCGAGACUGCCAUAGCCGUCGGUCAGUGAAAAGCAAGAGUUUAGCAUUUUCGGGGAGGUUGAACCCAGCAGGGGGUUGAGAUAUCCAUUACCCUUUUGUAUCUUCUUACUAGUCCACGAGAAGUUGUAGAAACAAUGAAGUUUGAUGACCAUACCAGGACAUGGCCUGCGAUAGAUGUUUCCAAUUUGCUUGGUCUAUUUCGCAUGUCUUGCC